ACGUCAAAAUCAAAAAUGGGUUUAUGACAUCGAAGGAGCAAUUUUGAUCAAGAAAAUUUACCGAAAGAAGUGGGAAAAACACGAAGAAAAAGGAAAAUGGGAGGUAGUCCGAGCAAGACUAGAAAACUAACGGUAGAGAACAAUGACCCAAAUAAUGUUAUACAAUUAUCCGAAGAUGUAGUGGACAGGAUUCGAGGAGUAACUCAAACGGUAAGAAAUGAAGAAGCUUUACACACACCAGUCUCUCCAGUUGUAUCACCUAUACAACCACCCGCAGGAUUACCAGUCUACAUGUAUGAACCUUCAUUAACUAGUCUUCAACUUCGACAGGCAAAUGUUGCGGAACUAAAGAAGAAUGAUGAUUAUUGGCAAAAUAGAAUCAAAUCCAUGGAGGAGUCCCAUAAAACUAUAAAUGAAGUGUUGGAUAAAGAGUACAAGAAAGCCCUAGAAGAAUUUAAAACAGGAAAACCAGCCCAAAAUCUUAAGGAAAUCCCAUGUUUAGAAUCGAAGAAAGCAGUAAUGAAAUGUUACAGGGAAAAUUGUGAUCAACCUAUGAAAUGUGCAAAGAUAGUUCAAGCUUUUCAAGAAUGUGUCGACUACAAGAGGACAUGUCUUCUGGCAAGCAGAGUAUCAGCCAAUAAAGGAUAAUUAAUAAAAAAGAUAUGUAAAAGUGAUAGAAAGCUUAUACUGUAAUAUAUUAUAUUUUCAUUUAGUGGUGCCCAAUAAUUAAUAAAAAAUUUUUGUUUGUU